AUGAUACAAACUAAAAGUUCGUGGACUCCGUUGGUGAACAAAGACGCAAAUAAAACGCUUUUUGAAGAACGAAAACAUCUUAUUUUAGCUUGGUUUGCCAAAUGGUCAGAAAGUCAAAGAAAGGAGUUAAUGACGAAACUUUUCGAGUUAUGCACUCAGAAACAACUUGAGUCACUUUUUCACAAUAUAGAAAAUAAAAUUCCUUUAUACCAAAUAGAUUUUACUAGAAUACUACCAAGAGUUCUAUGCAUUUAUCUGUUUUCUUUUCUGGAUCCUAGAAGUCUCUGUCGCUGUGCACAGGUAUCAUGGUAUUGGAGAUAUCUAACUGAAUCAAAUGAAUUAUGGGCAUCGAAGUGUUUAAGAUAUGGAUGGGAUUUAAUCGCUUCACAUAGUCAAUGGGAACCUGGAAUUUGGAAGAAGCAUUAUAUUCAAAACAUACGUUAUCUUCAGUUUCAUAUUUCAGAGAAGUUAAUCAAUAAAGAAAAUGGUGAUACAAGAGAAAGAUGUUCAGAAGAACUAUUCAAUAAAAGAUGUCAUACAUUGAAUUUUGUAAAUAAUCAUCAUCAGGAUCAUUAUGAGAACAAUAAUAUUGAUACUACCAUUAAUACUACUGCUACUACUACUAAUAGUAGUAGUACCAGUAGUAACCAUGGUGAUUAUGAUAAAAAACAUGAUCUAAAUAGAAACUAUAAAAUGAUUCAAUUAACUGAUACAUCUAAAUUAAUACCAUGGCGUGCACCAAGUCGUAAACCAUCGGAUACUCAUCGUUUUAAUUAUUUUGAUAAUAAUGAAACAAUCAAGUUAAAAUCUUCUAAAAAUGAAUUUCAAUACCGUAAUAGUGCUGGGUCAACAAGAAAGAAGUACUUAUUAUCAUCAUCAUCAUCAUCAUCAUCAUCAUCACCACCACAAAUUGAUGAUAUUUACAGUAAUGGUAUGAAUGGUAAUGUUCAUAAUCUGUUUAAGCAUGAAACAAUACAGAAAUCAACAUGUCCUAAUAUUUCAAUGUUCACAAGUCAUCAUAAUUCAAUCACAUUACCUUGGAAACCCACAUCUACAUAUCCUUCUGGAGCAUAUUAUCUUAAUACAGAGAAACUACAACCACUACAAUAUAGUAUGAUAAAAAAAUAUUUUAAUCCUAAUUCUAACUUUAAAAAUAGUUCAAAAUUUAAUAAAAUUGAGAAUAAUGAACCGCCAAAUCAUAAACUACAUUUGAACAACUCAAAAUUGAAUGGAUCAAAUAAACAACUGGAUCAUGAAAUCCACAUGGUCAAUUUUUCAGAUAAUAAACAAACCUAUGGAAAAUCGACGGUUUUGGAAGAAUUGAAUUCUCAAUAG